AUGAACGCUGUUAUUGCAUUGGCGCUUGGUGCCAGCUCUCUGGCUGUCGCUGUCGCGGAUCCUAGAGUGAUGAUCGAGUCCACCUACACGGACGCAAAGGGAUUGAACGAUCUGGCCAAGGCGGCAGGAAACAAGUACAUGGGCACAGCCACCGACAUUAAGCAACUGAGCGACACGUACUACACCGGGGAGCUUAAUAACACCCAGGACUUUGGGAUGAUCACUCCAGCAAACGCCAUGAAGUGGGAUGCCACCGAGCCCAAGCAGGGCGUCUUUACGUUCGAGGACGCCGACAAAUUCGUUGCCUUUGCCAACAAAACUGGAGCCCAAAUUCGCUGCCACGCGCUAGUUUGGCACCAGCAAGUUCCGGAGUGGGUGCAAAGCUUGGAGAAGGCUGAGCUACUGGAGGCUAUGUCCAAGCACAUCACCAAAGUCAUGACCCACUUUGGAGACACAUGCUACGCGUGGGACGUGGUAAACGAGGCUAUCGAAGAGGACGGCUCAUAUCGCGAGUCCUUCUGGUACAAGAAGACAGGCAAAGAAUACAUCUCGGCCGCCUUCAAGACAGCUCACGCCGUCAAAAUUAAACUCGGUCUGAAGGCCAAACUGUACUACAACGACUACAACAUUAACGUUGCAAACAACAAGUCUGACGCAGUGCUGAAAAUGGUUACGGACCUGAGAAGCCACAAGGUUUGGGUCGAAGGCGUCGGAUUUCAGUCCCACUAUAGCAACAACGACUCCGUGGCAGGUGCAAAAAUAUUCGAUAACUUCCGUCGUUUUACUAGCAAGAAUAUGGAUGUCGCGAUCACAGAGCUUGAUGUGAAGACAAGCACGGCGAACCCCACUGUAACUGAACAGCAGCAACAGGUCGGCAUCAUCACUAAUGCUAUCUCGGCCUGUAAGAAGACUAAACGAUGUGUUGGCGCCACUAUCUGGGAUUUUGUGGAUACAUACUCGUGGAUUAAAUCGUCGGCACCGCUGCUCUUCUACCAACCCGAUGGUCCCAAUACUCCGCUCGUGCGCAAGGCGACGUACGAUGCAGUCACGUCUGGUUGGAUUUGGUCGAUUAGUAAUCGCCAAAAGCCUAAACCUCCUUUCGAGGUUAAGCUAUCCCCAGGCUGGGAUUCCCAGCCUUCGCAAAGCCCUAAUUAA